UGUGCAAAGUGUGAGCCCGCCCAGUGCGGAGGGGUGUGUUUAAUGAUCAACCCCGGACUUGUGGCUGGAUCGCGAAGGCCGAGACGUUUCCUUUCCUGAGCUGCCUCUGACCGUGUGUGUCUCUCUCCUCUUCUAGUUUUUUUCCCCCGUGCAGCAGUGGCGGCGAGGAGGAGUCGUCGAGCUGGACCCCCUCGCCUGAGCUUGGAAGAUGAAGGCAGCAGAUGAGCCUGCCUACUUAACAGUUGGGACUGAUGUCAGUGCCAAGUACCGUGGUGCCUUUUGUGAGGCAAAGAUAAAGACGGUGAAAAGGCUAGUGAAAGUCAAGGUAACUCUGAAACAGGACAGUUCAACUCAACUAGUGCAAGAUGAUCAAGUGAAAGGACCUUUAAGAGUUGGUGCAACAGUUGAAACCAAGAUGCCUGAUGGAUCUUUCCAUGAAGCUACUAUCAGCAAAUUGACAGAUGCCAGCUGGUAUACAGUAGUUUUUGAUGAUGGUGAUGAAAGGACAUUGAGGAGAACUUCAUUAUGCUUAAAAGGAGAAAGACACUUUGCAGAAAGUGAGACACUUGACCAACUACCAUUAACAAAUCCAGAGCACUUUGGAACCCCGGUUAUUGGGAAGAAAUCCAACAGGGGAAGGCGAUCUUCUCUUCCUGUUACUGAAGAUGAAAAAGAGGAAGAAAGCAGCGAAGAAGAGGAUGAAGAUAAGAGACGUUUGAAUGAUGAAUUGCUUGGUAAAGUUGUGAGUGUAAUGUCUAGCUCUGAGAAGACAGACUGGUAUCCAGCUUUGGUAAUAUCUCCCAGUUGUAAUGAUGACAUCACAGUGAAAAAGGACCAGUGUUUAGUUCGCUCUUUUGCAGAUUCCAAAUUUUAUUCAAUAGCAAGAAAGGACAUCAAGGAACUAGAUAUUAUAAAUCUACCAAAAUCUGAGCUUUCUACUAAAAGAGGAUUACAGGAAGCAAGCACUUUCUUCAGUACAAAAGGUGUUCCUGGUAACUGGAAAAUGGACAUGAGUGAAAUUCUGGAGUCCUCUAGCAGUGAUGAGGAAGAUGGAGGUGCAGCAGAAAGUGAUGAAGAAGAAGACAAACGGGAUGAAAAGGAGGAAGAAGCAACACCUGAGGAAGAGCUUGAUCCUGAAGAGAGGGACAACUUCCUCCAACAGCUUUACAAGUUUAUGGAAGACAGAGGUACUCCUAUCAACAAACCACCUGUUCUAGGCUACAAAGAUCUUAACCUCUUCAAACUUUUUAGGCUGGUGUAUCAGCAGGGCGGAUGUGACAAUAUUGACAGUGGUGCUGUAUGGAAGCAAAUUUAUAUGGACCUUGGCAUUCCCAUUUUGAACUCAGCUGCUUCCUACAAUGUAAAAACUGCUUAUAGAAAGUAUCUUUAUGGUUUUGAAGAGUACUGCCGCUCUGCAAACAUUCAGUUUAGGACUAUCCAUCACAAUGAACCAAAAGUGGUAGACAUACCGAAACAAGAGGAACCAAUGGAGGAAAGUGUAAAAGAGGAACAAGAGAUGCCCCCAAUAGAAAUAAAAAAAGAAGUUGAGGAAAACGAUUCCAGCAGUGAAAGUGAAAAGGAAGAAAUAGAACUAAGAUCCCCAAGAGGGCGGAGGAGACUUGCUCGUGAUGCAACACCUGCUAAAAAAGAAACAGAAGAUGAUAAAACACAGGACAAAUUAAAGGACAGUAACAAAGAAAAUAAAGAGGUAGAUGAAACACCUGAUAACGCAGACAAGAAGGAAAAUGAGACUCCAUUAGGGAAAAAGAAUACACCAAAGCAAAAGGAAAAGAAAAUGAAAAAACAAGAGGAAUCUGAUAAAGAAUCUGAUGAAGAGGAGGAGAUCAGGAGAGAAAGAGAGGAAAUUGAAAACAAAGGAGAAUCAGAAGGGGAGGAUGAUGAGGAGGACACAGAGCCCUGUCUAACUGGAACCAAAGUGAAAGUGAAAUAUGGACGAGGAAAAACUCAGAAAAUUUAUGAAGCCAGUAUUAAAAGCACCGAAGUUGAUGAUGGAGAAGUUUUAUAUUUAGUACACUACUAUGGUUGGAAUGUAAGAUAUGAUGAAUGGGUGAAAGCUGAUCGGAUUAUCUGGCCUUUGGACAAAGGAGGACCAAAGAGAAAACAAAAGAAAAAAGCAAAAAAUAAAGACGACAGUGAAAAAGAUGAAAAGAAGGAUGAAGAGAAGCAGAAAUCAAAACGUGGACGUCCCCCUCUGAAAUCUACACUUCUAUCAAAUAUGUCUUGCAACUUAUCCAAAACACCUAAUAGUGAAGGUAAAGCAGGAGCCAGAAGUGCAAGGAGUAAUUUGUCAGUUUGUUCACCAUUACCAAAUGGAACAGAAGCAACACCUCGCAGGCAAACGAGACGUAGCUCAGGAAUGUUUGAUUCUGAUAGGGGAUCAAACGACUCUGACUCAUCUGACAGUGAGGGAGAUGAGAGUUCUGAAAAGACUUUGAAUGAAUUUUCUCCAGAAAUUUCAGAACCAGAAAAAAAUGAAAAACUAAUUGAUGAGAAACCUGAUGAAGAAAACCCAAAGAUUUCACACGCAUUGAAAGAAAACGACAGGACUCAAGUGCAGCCAUUAGAAAUUCUGAAACUGGAAGUUGAAGAAAGUGAGCAAAUUGUUCAGAUUUUUGGAAAUAAAACUGAACAAGUGGAAGACAUUAAAAAAGAGACUGAAAAAUCACCUAAAGGGAAGGGGAGAAGGAGCAAGACAAAGGACCCUUCUUUAGAGAAUGUAAAGAUUCCAGGAAGCCAGGAAGAGGCAACAAAUGAAUCUCUCUUAGAAACUGAAAGAUUAGAUGUUUCUUCAUUGGAUACUAAAGAGUUUUCCACCACUACUGAAAAUGAAAUGGAACCUUGUAUAAAGGAUAAGAAAUUUUUGAAAAGGAAAACAGAACAGUCAUCCCCUGAUAAAAGAGUACGACUGGAGAGUGAGACGGAAGUGUCAAACAUUGCAACUGAGAAGACCAAUGAAUGUAUCGGGACAGCAGAAUGUAAAGAUUUAAAUGCUGAAGAAUCACUCAGAACUGAAAAUGAGGAAAUGCCAUCGCUAGUGGCAGAAUCAGACCAACGGGUUCAACAGCUAAUGAAUGAAAACUUUGAAUGUCCAUCUGAGGAAAGUGGGAAUGUUCCAUUAAAAGAUGAGGAUGACACCAUGCCUCAAAUUGGACCAGAAACUCUCCUCUGCCAUGAAGUGGACUUGGAUGACUUUGACGAGAAGGAAAAGAGCGUCACUGAGGAUGCAGUGUUGGAAAAGCCAGGCUCCAACACUCCACAUUCAAACCCAUCUGCCUUACCCUCUGCAGUCCAGCCAAACUUCUCAGUGGCCUCACCCCUUACCCUUAGUCAGGAUGAAUCACGCAGUAUAAAGAGUGAAAGUGAUAUAACUAUUGAGGUGGACAGUGUGGCAGAAGAAUCUCAAGAAGGUCUCUGUGAAAGUGAGUCUGCUAAUGGAUUUGAAGCCAGUACGACUUCAAGCAUUUGUAGUCUAGCAGUACAAGAAAGGGACACUGGAGAGAAGGGUCAAAAAAGGCCAAGUGAUGGCAAUAGUGGGACACUGGCAAAGAAGCAAAAGCGUACUCCAAAGCGAACAAGUGCUGUAGCCAAAAAUGAAAAGAAUGGAACAGGACAAAGUAGUGACAGUGAAGAUCUUCCAGUCCUGGACAGUUCAAGUAAAUGUACUCCAGUCAAACACAUUAAUAUGUCAAAACCACAGAAGCUUGCUCGAUCCCCAGCGAGAGUGAUUUCCCCUCAUAUCAAAGAUGGAGAAAAGGAAAAACAUAGAGAGAAACAUCAUCAGCAGAAUGCUUCUCCCAGAGUGUAUAAAUGGAGUUUUCAGCUCAAUGAAUUGGACAACAUGAACAGCACUGAGAGAAUCUCUUUUCUGCAAGAAAAAUUACAGGAAAUACGGAAAUACUACAUGUCUUUGAAGUCAGAAGUAGCAACCAUAGACAGGAGAAGGAAACGAUUAAAAAAGAAAGAUAGAGAAGUGUCUCAUAGAGGAGCAUCCAUGUCUUCUGCUUCAUCAGACACUGGAAUGAGUCCAUCAUCAUCCUCUCCUCCACAGAAUGUGCUUGCUGUAGAAUGCAGGUGAUACACAUUUCUCUGCCUUGCCAGCAGCUUGCUGCCAUGGACAUAAAUACUGAAGUCCUGAAAUACAUCCACAGAAAGCACUCAACUGGUUUGACAUUGCCAAGUAUAUUCUGUACACUCUUCCACUGCUGGACUGUAUGUUUGGUUUUUUUCCCCUCCCCUCUUUUUUAUUUUUAAUUUUACUGUUCGGAGAAAUUAAGCUCAUUGGUAACCGAAGGUUUGUAGGCACAAUCUGACAUGUAUGUCAUUGUGUAUAUUUGUGUUUUGUCAGCACAGAGAAAGGGCACUUACCAAAUUUGAAAAGAUAUGUCCAAUGAAGCCUUCAGGUGUUCUAGGGAAAUUGUAGAAAAGCAGGUGCACCCAACAGACAUCAAAAUAUUAUCAAAAAGAAUCGAGUAACUGCUGCACUUUCCUCGAACUGUAUGUUAACUCUUGGUGAGUAGUUCCUCUUUGUGGAAGCACUUGCUAUACAGAACUGCCAAAGUAUAUGUUCAGCAAUGUGCCCAGUUUUAAAGGUGUAUAUGGGACAAAAUAAAUUGUGAAAGGAAGUGUAGUUUACUGAAAACUACAGUUGUAAUAAGUCUUCCACUUUUUAUAGGAUUUUUGAGCACACAAUUAUGCAAAUAUUUUAAUGUUUAUUAAUGUUUACAGUGGAAUUGUGAAUAGGUUUUCAGUGGACUAUCUUAUUCCUUGACAAAAAUAUUUUGUCUUUUUUCUAUGUAAUUUCAGAGUUUUUAUUUUGUUACAAAAAGACAAAAAAUGAAAUAUAUAACAACAAUGAAGUUAUUUAACAAGAUUUCUAAAGCUGAAAUUUUUUUGUGUAAAAUAAGGUAUCUUACAACUUGUUAAAUAUAUUUAUUCAGACAUUGGAUGUUGUAUUUUUAUGUAUUUUUUAAAAUAUUAAUAAAAUUGGAAAAAAAAAAUCUAGGUUAGUUUACUCUUUCGAUAAAACAUUACCUAUCAGUUGUAGCUCUUACAGGAGGUUUAUCCAGUAGCCAUGCCUGUAUGUAAAGUGGGUCUGUCCAUACUUAUUUUCCACAGUGUAGAACUGUAAUCAGGCAUUGGAUUAAAUUAUGACCUUAUUUGGAAACUUUGGCAGUCCUAGUACUUAUUGUUUUGAGGAACAAAUUCUAUUGGGUUGCCCUUAAGAUGCUUUGUCACAGUUUGUUUGCUAUACUGCCGAAUGAAUUUAUAUCUCCCAGAGCUGAGAUGCAACAAUAAAGUAAAGCAACUGUGUAUGCUUUGUCUGUGGAUUGUCCCACAGACAGAUACAGUUUGUAAAUAACUCUUCCAAAACCAUGUAUUUAAAACAGUUUGCAUAUACAUUAUGUAUAAAGUGAUUUUUUUAUCAAUUUUUUAAUUCAUGUUUGUACAUUGAAAAGGGUUUUAACCCUCUUUUUCUGUGUUUAAUAUGCUGUAGAGUAAUAACAUAGAUGCUCUAGACUGUAUAUCAGGAUAUUAUGGUUCACACAGCAGAAGGUCGGAGCAAAACACUAGUGAUGAGGUAGCAUUACUAAAAUGGAUGUUUCUUGAAAUUUCAUUUACCACAUUUGUCAACUUGUGAUUCCAAUUCCUUCCAUUUUCUCAGAGAAUUAAAGAAAAAGUACUCUUGUAAAUGCACUUUUUCUGUCUUUUCUUAAGCAAAGCAGAACUAUUUCAAUGUAAGAUAAAUAUGAAGCUCAUUAGAGAGCAUCAAUAAAGGCCAUGUUUUAAACAUAG